ACAAUAGGCGCUAUUGUUAGAAUUUCACUUAAAAAUCGCCACAUUAUAACCAUGUAAUCGGUUUAUUUUUAAGAAAAAAACCAAAUAAAAGUCACGUUUUUAUUGCAUCUGGUGUUAAAUUGAUUUCUCUCAUUGUGUUAAGUAUGACCAUGAUGACCGCCAAACUUUGUGCCAUUAUUUUCCUGUUGGCCCUAAUGGGUCUUGAUGAAAUUCAUGGGGCCAGAAGCAGAAGAGGACCAUCAGAUCAUCCGAGUUAUUGUGACCUUCGACCAGAAACGGGACCAUGCCGUAUGUAUCUGGAGAGGUACUACUACGACCCCAGCACCAGAACAUGCAAAAUGUUUAUUUAUGGAGGGUGCAGAGGAAACAAGAAUAAUUUUGAGACCCUUCGGGCCUGUUACCGUAUUUGCUAUUACUAAUGGCGUGCUGAUAAAUUGUUAAAUAUUUUAUUUAGUGAAAUGUUUUGAAUAAUAAAUUGUGUUUCUCUAAAA